AUGCCGCUGUCAAUGGCACCACCCUCCACGUCCAAAGCUCCGGGGAAGCUUGAGACGCAAGAAAAGGGGAAAAGGGAAAGAAGAAAGGAUGAAGGUUGGCAACGAAAUUCCCAAAUCCCCAGCGGACUCAAAUCUCCUGCAACGCCUCAAUCCGCGAGCAAUGUCGUCGAUAUACGUUUUAGAGCCGCCGACGAAGGGCAAGGUGGUGCUGCAAACAACUCACGGACCACUCGACGUGGAGCUCUGGCUCAAAGAGGCUCCGAAGGCCGUCAGGAACUUCGUGCAGCUCUGCCUCGAAGGUUACUACGACAAAACCAUCUUCCACCGCAUUAUCAAAGGCUUUCUGGUUCAGGGCGGCGACCCCACCGGCUCCGGCACAGAAAGCUGAACUUGCUUUCAUUUGGAGAAGAAGCUGAAGAAGAGAAGAAAGAAUUGGCAGCUGUAAAGACAGAAAUCAAGAGCAGUCACGAUGUAUUGGAUGAUCCUCGCCUUCUGAAGGACGAAGUUCCAUUUAACAAAUCGAACUCUGAUGCCAAAACAAGGCAUGUACAGUUAUCUAUCAGAGAAGCUCUAAGCUCAAAGAAAGAAGAGCCCAGGAAAGAUUCUGAAUCCAAAUUUUAUAAUACCCUUGAUCAUAGUGAUGACGAUGAUGAUGACGAGGCCAACUUUGAUGCAAGAAUGCGCCAGCAAAUACUCAAGAAACGAACAGAUUUGGGAGAUCUCCUACCAAAGCCAAAGCUGAAGAAUGGGAGAUCUAGCCCAAAGCAGCAUGAAAUACCUACAUCGAGGUCCAAUGUUGAAAGCAUUGAUGAUGAUCAACAAAAGGUGGAUAAGCUGUCCUUGAAGAAAAAAGGGAUAGGAUCAGAGGCAAGAGCUGAACGCAUGGCGAAUGGUGAUGCAGACUUACAGUUGUUGGGUGACGCUGAAAGAGGAAGACAAUUGCAGAAACAGAAGAAGCGUAGAAAUCAAGGACGAGAAGAUGAAGUUCUCGCAAAACUUGAGAAGUUUAAGAAGGGAAUAUUCGAAAAGCACACAGCCCCAGGUAGUGAAUCUGGACGUGGAAGGAGAAGUUCAACCGAUUGCAAGCCAAGCAAAAGCGCCGAGAGCUAGAAUGGGCGGGCAAAU